AUGGUUGUUGUAACCCAACCACCGUCCAAUGCCUUUGUGGCAUUUGUCCGCCGCAUAUACAACCCCAUCGGCUUCUCCAAAGGCUACAACUUCAUCCUGUUCGUCAUCUUUGGCGGCGCCCUGCUCGGAUUCACCCUCGCCCGCUUCAUGUUCCUCGACAUCAAAGGCAUCUUCUGCAAUCCCAAAUCCACAGUCGGCGGUGCCCUCCCCGGUGAAUGUUACUACUACCUCCAGGGCAUUGAGAAUGUCGGCAUCAUCAUGCAUCUGGCGGGUAUCCUGCCUGCUGCUUUCCUUGCCGUGUUCCAGUUUGUGCCUGCUAUACGACACAAGGUCAUCAUUGUCCACCGCCUGAACGGAUACUUGAUUAUCCUCUUGUCGUUGGUUGGUGUUAUUGGAGUCUUUAUGAUUGCACGACAUGGUCUUGGCGGUGGGUUGGACGUCCAGUCUGCUGCUGGAAUGGCAUCGAUUGUGUUUAUUUCAUGCAAAGUUAUUGCAUUUUACAACAUCAAGAUGCUGCAGAUUGAGCAACAUCGCGCUUGGAUGCUUCGAGCGUGGGGUAUUGCCAGCUUCAUCAUCACCAUGCGCAUCAUUGCUAUCAUCAUGGCCAUUAUCGUCGGCAAGACCCCUAAGGACUACUACACUGUCCGACCGUGCGCCAUGAUUGACCACAUCUACGGGGGUAACCAGACUCGAGUGUUGCGCGUGUACCCAGCCUGCUCGACGUUCUACUCGGGUGCUGAUCCUAGCCAACAUGUUCCCAUUCCUGUGGGAGUAGCUGCAGAUGGGCCAGAGAGGAUCGCCUCGGCGGUUAACACUAGCUUCGGGGCAAGUGCUUACCUUGCGUUUUUGCUCCACGCCCUCGCCGUAGAGCUGUAUCUACGACUUACACCAGCUGAGACGGAGCGGCUAAGGCGUGUUUCGUACGAGCGACAAAAGGAGGCUGGCAUGAAGAACCCCGGCAAUGCUGGCUUGACUGCCCAGCGCCUGGGUGAUGCAGAUCCCUGGAGCCCAGAGCCUCCUCAGUCUGGGUCUAAUGGAAGCACUGAUGAGAAAUACUCGCGUAUCGCUAGAAAACCGGUACUGACGGAGAGGGGAACGGCUAGAUUGUCUGAUCCUGAGAGUGAUGACCACUAG